GGGGCGGCGCGGCGGGGCGGGGCGGGCGCGCAGUGACCCGGCGGGGCCGGCGCGGAGCCUCGCAGAGGCGCUGCGAGCCGAGCCCCGAGCCGAGCCGGCACCAUGCCCAAGUGCCCCCGCUGCCAGAAGGAGGUCUACUUCGCCGAGAAGGUGACUUCUCUGGGGAAAGACUGGCACCGACCCUGCCUGAGAUGCGAGAAGUGCAACAAGACCCUGACAUCCGGGGGCCAUGCGGAGCACGACGGCAAGCCGUACUGCAACCACCCCUGCUACGCCGCCCUGUUCGGGCCCAAAGGGUUCGGCCGGGGAGGAGCCGAGAGCCACACGUUCAAGUAGACGCCGGGUCGGUGCCUGCCGCCGGAGCCCCCUCCUGCCUGCGGGGAAGGUGCGCGCCGCCACGUCCGCCGUGCCCGGGACAUCUCCGCUGCUGCUCCCGGCCCCCUGAAGGCGUGGCGGCCCCCACGCAGCUGGCACGCGCGCCGCGGCCGACAGGCGUUUUAGCUCCCGCCGCCCCGUAGGAAAUUCGGCCGGUGUCAGCGAAGGCCGUGGGGGGAGGAACUGCCCCCCCGCCGCCAGCCACCACCCAGCCCCACUCUUGGCACCCGGCUCUCGCGGCGGCGCCUGCGCUUGUACUCGCGACCCGCAAUAAACCGAAAGGCACUUC